AUGCCCGGUUCCUCUGUGCCCGGUUCCUCUGUGCCCGGUUCCUCUGUGCCCGGUUCCUCUGUGCCCGUUUCCUCUGUGCCCGGUUCCUCUGUGCCGGGGUUCCUCUGUGCCCGGUUCCUCUGUGCCCGGUUCCUCUGUGCCCGGUUCCUCUAUGCCAGGUUCCUCUAUGCCCGGUUCCUCUAUGCCCGUUUCCUCUGUGCCCGGUUCCUCUGUGCCCGGUUCCUCUGUGCCCGGUUCCUCUGUGCCAGGUUCCUCUGUGCCCGGUUCCUCUGUGCCCGUUUCCUCUGUGCCCGGUUCCUCUGUGCCCGGUUCCUCUGUGCCAGUUCCUCUGUGCCCGGUUCCUCUGUGCCCGUUUCCUCUGUGCCCGGUUCCUCUGUGCCCGGUUCCUCUGUGCCCGGUUCCUCUGUGCCCGGUUCCUCUGUGCCCGGUUCCUCUGUGCCCGGUUCCUCUAUGCCCGGUUCCUCUGUGCCGGGUUCCUCUGUGCCAGUUCCUCUGUGCCCGUUCCUCUGUGCCCGGUUCCUCUAUGCCCGGUUCCUCUGUGCCCGGUUCCUCUAUGCCCGUUUCCUCUGUGCCAGGUUCCUCUGUGCCCGGUUCCUCUGUGCCCGGUUCCUCUAUGCCCGUUUCCUCUGUGCCCGGUUCCUCUGUGCCCGGUUCCUCUGUGCCAGUUCCUCUGUGCCCGGUUCCUCUGUGCCAGUUCCUCUAUGCCGGGUUCCUCUGUGCCCGGUUCCUCUAUGCCCGGUUCCUCUGUGCUGGGGUUCCUCUGUGCCCGGUUCCUCUAUGCCGGGGUUCCUCUGUGCCGGGGUUCCUCUAUGCCCGGUUCCUCUAUGCCCGGUUCCUCUAUGCCGGGUUCCUCUGUGCCGGGGUUCCUCUGUGCCGGGGUUCCUCUGUGCCGGGGUUCCUCUGUGCCAGGUUCCUCUGUGCCCGGUCUGA